ACGCGUGCUCUCGUCGCCUGGUGCCGAGUCUCUCAGGGAAGCUGGAGAAGUGAAGCGGGCCGGCCUGCGGGGAGGAAGAGGAGGAAGAGGAGGGCGAGCGACCUGCUGCUGCUCACGCAAGGCGAGAAGACGGGAUGGGGGACAUAGCAGAUGGUGAGGGAAGCUUCUACUCCAACGCGGAGGACUACUGGAGGGAGGUCCCGCCCACAGUGGAUGGCAUGCUGGGAGGCUACGGGAGCAUCUCCAGCAUCGAUAUCAACGGAUCCAAGGCCUUCCUGCAGAAGUUCCUUGGGGACGGGGACGGGAAGACGGGCACGGACUGCGCUCUGGAUUGUGGCGCAGGCAUCGGUAGGAUCAGCAAACGUCUUCUGUUGCCUCUGUUCAAGACUGUGGACCUGGUGGACGUGACUCAGGAGUUUCUAGACAAAGCCAAGACGUACCUGGGAGAAGAGGGAAAGCGAGUGGGGAAGUACCUCUGCAGCGGCCUGCAGGACCUCGUGCCGGAGAGUGGACGCUAUGAUGUCAUCUGGAUCCAAUGGGUCAUCGGCCACCUAACCGAUGCCCAUCUGGUGGACUUCCUGCAGCGAUGCCAGAAAGCCCUGCGGCCCAACGGCCUCAUUAUCAUCAAGGACAAUGUGUCUUAUGAGGGCGUGGUCCCCGAUGAGGUGGACAGCAGCGUCUGCCGCGACCUGCAAAUAGUUCAUCGUCUGGUGGGCAGAGCAGGCCUCCGCAUUGUGCAUGCAGAGCAACAAACUAACUUCCCAAAGGAGAUUUACCAGGUCCACACUCUGGCUCUCAGAUAGGACCUUCCCUCCUCCCUGGGGUGCUGAGGGGGUAUGCGGUAUUUCUAACGCGUUUCCUAGUUUGAUCUGCCGUCGCUGUUUGUUUGACGCUAACUCUGUCCGUCGGCCUUUUACUCUCCUCCAAGUGCUGAGUCAUCUCUUCUGACACACGAAUCGUCCCUCGAAUUGAUUUCAGUUCAAGAUGGCUGAAUGGAAGCAUGCAUUUCUUAGGUCAGUGUGAUGUUCGGUGGAAAGGUCCAAGUUCACAUCGCACAGCCAGCCAAUAGAAACUGGUAACGGAGUAAAGCUGGUAAAAGUCCUUGUCCUCUUGCUGUGUGAUCAUCAGACCUCAACCCAACUGCACAACCUUUCCAGAGCGCUCAGUUGGUCAUCAGGGCAGCGUCUGUAAACUGAAGGCUGCUGCAUCAUUUCCUGCUUCUAAAUGUCACUGGUUUCACAAGCGGAGCACUCUAUUCUCACAAAGACACACCUCCAGUGUUAUGGACAUUUUUGAUGGACAUUUUACAGUUUAUUAAAGACCCAUUUGCAGAUUCAUGUGUCUACAGAAACAAGUAUUCCUUCAUUUUUAA